GGACUUCCGCCAUUUUGCUUGUUUGUUGAAGGAUAUUGUAAACAAACUAUGUCAGACCAGAUGGUUGACCCUAAUGAGCCAUCAGCGUACAUUGCAAAUGCUGAUGGUACAUACACAGCCAUACCGUUCAGUCAGACUGAAGAUGGGCAAGUGGUAUUGCAACUAAAUGAGAUGGGUUUGUCCAAUGAAGGUGAAGAAAUGGUUCUAAUUGCUGCUGAUGACACAGCAACAUUGGAAAGUCUGAUUGCUUCGGGUGCUGUUACAGCUAUUGCUGCUGAGAAUGGAACAGAGUAUCUACAGUUCACAGAUCCUGGUAUGGAAGGGGCUCAGGUCAUCGAGUUACCAGCAGAUCAAAUGCAACUUUGGGAUCCGAAUUCUAAAGCAUACUAUGAUGCAUCAGGUAUAGGACCUGGUUUCGUUGCUUUAACAGGGCAAUCUAGUGGUGUCACUUACCGUUGUCCAUCUUGUCCAGCUAUGUAUGCUAAUGCUAACGCUUUUACUAAACAUAUGCGCGAAAAACAUUUCGUUAAAGUUUACACAUGUCGUCAAUGUGAAGAGUUUUUCGAAACUCUCAGUCAGUUAUUUCUGCACGCUCGACGCAGUCAUGUUGAUCCUAAAAAGCCAAAACGAAAUCCGGCCAAUUUCAAAUUUCAUUGUGACCAGUGUAACUAUAUGACGAAUAAUGGUGGGACAAUGGAACAUCAUAAACGGGCACAUACAGGAGAAAAGCCUUUUGUUUGUGAUGUUUGCAAUAAACGUUUUGCUCAGAAAGCAAAUAUGAAAACUCAUCGAAAUCGACAUAUUCACCGGGACAAGAUAUUCCGUUGUGACACGUGUAAUAAAGCUUUUUCAUCUUAUGACAUUUACCUUGCUCAUCUUCGAACAAGAGAACAUGAACUUCGGGAACAUUUCGCUAUGAUGGCAUCUUCACAGUUGGCUUUAGAGUGUUUGGGUUGUGCAGUUACCUUCGAUAGCAUAUAUAACCUGAAUAAGCAUACAAGAAGCUGCCGUAUUGUUCGUACUCUACAAACUAAAUUUCGGUGUUUACCAUGUAAUGCCUAUGUCAGUGAUGUGGCAUCAUUGAAAGCUCAUGUAAAAGCCCACGAAGGCAGUCAAAUCAUAUCGUGCCCUGUAUGUGGUGAACGCGGAUUCCCAGGUUUCAAUCAACUAAAUCAUCAUAUUACAAGGGCUCACGCUUUGAAAGUUAAUCGUCGCCACGUUUGUCGUUAUUGUGAAUCCACUUUCGAGAUUAAGAAAGACCUAGAUAUGCACAUUCGAAGUAUGCACGCUGAAGAAAGAAACGCUCGUCAAUCGAGGGGAGCUGUUGGUCGCCUGAAAUGUCGAUAUAACCAUUGUGAAUUCACAACAAAUUCGAUAAUGUUGUUAGAUCGACAUCAUGAUCAGCACCGACGUCAGGAAGAAGAUGGGGAAGAUGUUGGACUUGAACUUCCUCCUGCUCGGUACUCAUACACAAAACGGAAAAAGCUAAAGUUGUCCAAGCGAAAUCGACUUGUUGAUGGAUACGAAGAUGAUGAGGAUGCAGAGACUGGUGAUGGCGAGGGAGAUGAUGACAUGGCUGACGAUGAGGAUGAUACUUAUGAUGAUGUUGGUGUAGAUGGUAGUAAGUCUAUUUUCUACAUGAUCAAUUUUUUUAUCCCUUAAUUAUUUUAUAUACAUUGUAUUAUUGAUGUGUAUCCAUAAUAACUGUUACCUUAAUGUUGUGUUCAAAUACGUCUGACAUUGUUUACUAUGAUCUGUUCGCUAAUAGCGAUACAAGUGAUAUAACUAUCCUUCAAAGGACAAGUAUAUUGCUUAGAAAUCCGUUACGUAUUCAAGAAUCCAAAAUAUGAUAUCUAGUAUUCAAUUGCACUUGUCUUUGAAGCUUAUCCUUCUAAUGGUGGGACUCACGGUUAGACUUACAGUCCAAGGUAAAAGUGGUAAAUUGGUUAAUGAAGUUGUAAGCCUUAAUCGACUUAGUCAAGUGUUACAAAUUUCUUAUUUCACCGGAAUGGUAGUUGGGCUUUUGAAUCACUCAAAUCUCAACUAGUGGGCGUCAGGCUCAAACAUUACCUACAUACUUCGAUUUUGAAAGCUAGGUAGUAUCAUAGGCUUCGCGUCUAAGUGUAAUCUAAAGCUAAACUAAACUAAACUUGGGUACAUAGGAAAUAUCAGUCAUAACAUGAUUUGGUCCUUCUUACUUACUAGCACAGAAGUAUAUUAGAGAACGUCAAACGUGGCUAGACGAAUACAUGGUAUCAAUCACUAGCUAUUAGCAGGGGCCGUUCAGAAGGAUGCAAAUGUUCUGACCACUCCCCUAUCAAACAACCGAAACAGUAGUUAGGGACUAAAGGAAUAUAACUUGAAGUCGAUCGAAAUUUUCAAUACUUUCUCUUGAGUCGGUGUCUUUUUCUUCCAUUCACUUGCUUAUUUUACUUUUACAAAUUAGUUCUGUAUUAUCAGCACUAUUGUUAAUUUUACUUUCUGUUAAUAUCCUAUCGGUUCUUUCAAAUGAGAUUUAAACACUUCAACCGAUAUAUGGUUUUGCACUAGGUCUGUCCAUAUGCUUUAUAUACUGACUUUUACCGGUAUUCCUUUACGAUCCAUCAAUCCAGGAAUAUUACAAUAUAAAAAUCCUGUUCAAAUGUAAGUUUGAAAGGCUAACUCCACAGCUUACAAUAUCUGUGUAUCCAAAAUGCUUUUUUUUUUGAAACCUACGUUAGUUUAGUCUCAGUCCGGUAACAUGAAUAACCCUCAAAUAAUGUACAUCAAAACCGAGUGGAUAAACUUGUACUUGGUAAAUAAUUUACAUUAAAUCCCGUUAGGUUUUUAUUUAUCAUCCAGUAACAUAAGAACCCCUACUGAUUAUAAGCAAUAAAAAUUUUGACAGCAUACUUUACUGAAUCUUUAUCUACAAUAUUCAUUUUAGUGUCUCUUGCAUAUUAUGCAUUUAUUCAAUUGUCAUAUGAUCUUUUUAGACGUUACUAGACGUACUAUUACUCUUAUAAAAUCCAAUAGUCGUAAAGUACAAGGCAAUGAAGAAUACACUUCAGGUAGUACAGGUGGUGUUGGUGUUUUAAACGAAAGCAAUACAACUAAUCGUCGUAUGUCUAGAGCACGUCGUCUUCCGGCUUGGUAUAAAGAUUACGAUACUGAUUUUGUUAUGCAUGAAGAAGGUGUAAUGGACAGGGAAGUAGUACAAGCUCAACUUCCACCAGGUAUAGAAUUAGAAGAUCCAUCUGCUGUAGAUAAAGAAGAUGUUCCAACAGAGGAGUGGAAUAUUGUUGUAUAUGAUGAUGAUGAUGACGAAGAUGAAGAUGAAGAUAGUCCUAUAGAUUAUGAAGAUGAAGAUAGUAAUGUCAUAAACGAUAGUAGUACCUGUGAUACUACUGGACUAUUAAAUGUACAUGCUUUUGCAUAAUUAAGAAAACCCCUCCAGUAUACAAUAUAUAUGUACAGGUUUGAAUUAAGUUCAUUAUCCAUCAGAAUAUGUGUACAGCUCUUUUAAUCAUAAAAUAUUUAAAUAUAUGUAUAAUAAAAGGUUUUAUAAUUUGACACUUUCUAGUUUUUUUAUGUCUUUUCUGUUAUUAUUUCAGAGUAUCUAUUUACUUCAUGUUUAUAUAUAUUUUCCUGUUACAGUUUCUUUGUUAUGACUGUUCGUUCUCAUUGUAUUUGGCACUUAGUUUUCUUUGCAUAGAAUAAGUAAAACUGUUAGAUGUUUAUCCUCCUAUAUUUUUCUUCUAUGAAUUCAUUCUCAGCUAAAAUUCAUCAGUCAUCAUAUAUUUCUCAUUAACUUGUGUAAUAUUUAUAUAUAUAUAUAUAGUG